UCUCCUCUAAAUGCUCCUCAGGUGAAGCUGCUGUAAAACCAAAGAGAAAGUUUCCAUCAGAGAAAAUAGUCCUGCAGGUUCUCUGUGUUCUGCUGGCUGCUGCUCUCAUCAUUAUUAUCACACUCUGUGUUGUCCUUUUAUUGACCAAUAAAUCAGUUCAAACCCUGAGAGAAAGAAAUGAAGCUCUGAGGAAAAAACUCUCAGAAAGGAUCUGGAGAGAUCAGCCAACAUGUCCUCCUCCUCCUUCAUGUCCUAAACCUCGUCCAUGUCUAAACCGUUUUCCGUGUCCUCCAUGUCCUCCUCCUGAAAGUUACAAUAAAAUACACCUGAUGUGUGGAGCAGGCAGGGAGCAAUAUGGAGGAAAGUGUUAUACAUUCUCCACCUCUAAAGCCUCCUGGGAGGACAGCAGAAGUUUCUGCAGAGAUCUUGGAGGAGACCUAGUGAAGAUCGAGAGCAGAGAGGAGCAGGAGUUUCUGAUGGYAAGAAUAAAGAGCAAGAUAAAUGAUCAUGAAGACAGAUUCUGGAUCGGACUGACGGACUCAGAGAAAGAAGGCACCUGGUUGUGGGUGGACGGAUCUCCUCUGGGUGAAAGUUUUUGGAUCCGAGGAGAGCCCAACAAUGGAUAUGGUAUUUUUGCUUAUGCAGAAGACUGUGCAGUUUUGAAAGGUCUGGAUCUGAAGUCUUGGAAUGAUCAGCCCUGCAGUUCUCCUGCCAGAAGAAUUUGUGAGAUAUCACUAUGAUCUCUCAGAGUUCAUGUGUGUGAAGUUCAGUUCAGUGAGUAAAACAAUCUCAGUCCAGGAUCCAGAAGCAGCAGCCAGGCUGCUUUCAGGAACUUCAUGUCACAAACAGUUAAAGCUUCCUUCUAGUUUGCAGCUUUCUACAGAUUUGUAGCCUUAAUCUUUGUGUUUCUUGUCUUUUAUUCUAAGUUUAGUCAGCUUUGCUUUUUCAGCUGACUUCUGUUCUUGUUAGGCUCAGAUUAGCAGGGCCUGAUUGGUAAAAGUGGGAUUAGAUAACCCAGGAUUAUUAGUGGGACAGUUUUGGAUUCUUCA